UGUUUCCCGGGGUCAUGUCAUGACUCGUGGGUAUGGUGGGGGAGCCCUCUCCGUCAGCACCUGGAAGCAAAACUGCGGCUUGCUUGGAGACUCCAGCUAUCCAUUAGAACCGUGCCUCCUGACACCAGUGCCCGGACGACCAGCUCCUGGCACCCCUGAGAACCACUACAACAAGGCCCACACCGCCAUGCGCACUGUUGUGGAGAGGUGCAUCGGGGUCCUAAAGAGCAGGUUCCAAAGCUUACAGCGUUAUCAGACCCUGCUCUACAAUCCCGAUCGAGCAGCCACCAUCAUUGCUGCUUGUGCAGCUCUGCACGAUAUUGCGUUGGCGGCACAUGAGCCUGUUUUCGAAGGGCACGAUGACGACACCGACGAUGUUGAGCUGCUGCCAGCAGCAGCUGACCUACCACCGCCACCACAACGGGAGCCAGCACCAUGCUGA